AUGCGCACCUUCAUUGCUGCAGCUCUCUAUCCUCUUGUGGCCCUCUGCGCUGCCCAACCCUUCCACUCCACUUCGUCCAAACUCGCAAAGACCACUUUCGACAGUGCAUCCUGCAUUUCUGCUGCUGAUGCUGUGCUUGUCGCCAACGGUUUUGGCCAGAUCCUCUCCAACUUCAGCACCUCAUUCGGCGACAUCUUGAUUGCAGACGGUUACACCGACCAAUCUGACAGCGUAUCAACGUUGAUGCAUUCGCCUAAUGUCGUAGCCUCUGAUUUGGGCAGCAUCACCUUCAACUCGAAAGAAUCUUAUCUCGCCGGCGAACAAGCCCAACCAGGCGUCUCCUUCAAACUCCUCAACACCUGGUCCUCCUGCAACGCCGUAACCUUCCGUUACGUACUCUCCCCUCCCGGACUCAAAGUUCAAGGUGUUGCCGUUGCCGAAGUCGAACAGGCAAAGAAGAAUGGUACUGGUGUUGGUGAGGGAAGCACAAAAUGGCAGAUCAAGACCUUUUAUGGAGAGUUCAAUUCUGCUGUUUGGUUG